UGAUAAUUAUGAUUCGAUUGUGGGAAAAUGGUGGGUGUGUACGUGUACUACAUACCAUGUACCAGAGUAAUACUGAAGUAGAAUAAGAAACUUGUCUAUCUUGUCUCUGGUUCUCUGAUUGUGUGAUUGUGCCAUGGGACUGGCUGGACCUUACCUCACUCCUGCUCAUUUGAAAGGAUUUGACAGUUACAAGUACAGUGCAGUGGACACCUCGCCUUUGUCCAAGUAUGUCACUCAUCCAUUCUGGAACGCUGUGGUUGAGUUAUUUCCCAAGUGGGUGGCUCCUAACCUCAUCACCUUCUCCGGAGGACUUCUCCUCAUGGCUAUCUUAUUCAUGCUCGGCUACUACGACUGGGACUACUACACGACGAGCAAUGACCUGGGGCUAGUGUUCCCACCCAUCCCUUCAAUCGUCUGGUUGCUCUCGGCCAUUUUCCACUUCACUGCACAUACUCUGGACGGAAUAGACGGGAAACAAGCAAGAAGAACUGGGUCAAGCACUCCGUUAGGAGAGCUAUUCGACCAUGGCAUUGACAGCGUGGCAUGCAUUCUAUUGCCUGUCUGCCUCAUGUCGAUGUUUGGGCGUGGCAAUCUCCAGUGGGGUGGAACCACAUACGAUGCUUUCUUUCCCUGUAUGGCCGUGCUGGCUGGCUUCUAUCUCAGUCACUGGGAGAAGUAUGUCACUGGAGUGCUUUAUCUGCCAUGGAUCUAUGACAUUGUGCAGCUGGGUUGUGCACUGGCCUACUUGAUGACGUACUUGUAUGGAGUGGAGCUGUGGCAUUUCUCUGUGCCACCGGGGAUAAAGAGUGCUGUGGUUGUCAAGUGGCUACUGAUUGUUGGAUUCUUUGGCUCUAUUCCAAUGACCCUGUGGAACAUUUAUGAUCACUACAAUGCAGAAAGUGGACGUAGGAAGCUUGGCUUGCUGGCAGCUCUGGAGCCGUGGUCCCCGUUCCUCAUGAUGUCCACACUCUGGACUGUGUGGGUGUUUGCCUCACCCACUGAGAUCUUGGAGAGAGAACCCAGACUGCUACUAAUCACUAUUGGAGUCAACUUCUCAAAUAUAACAUGUCGACUCAUCAUUGCUCAAAUGUCAAGCCAUCGCAGUGACCUCUUCAACAUGCUACUGGUACCCUUGUCCCUGGGUGUCUGUCUGUCUAUCUGUUUUCCUUCAUACGAAUUGGUCAUCUUCUACGUUGUGUGCAUCAUAAUCAACCUGGCCCAACUGGACUACGCAGUGUCUGUGGUGAAUGAACUUUGUGAUCACUUCAAGAUUUACUGUUUCUCGUUAGUGAAAAGAAGCGACUAAACUGUAGCAAACAUUGCUUAGCAAUUUUAAUCUUGUAGUUUUAAUUGCUGUCACAAAUAUUUAGUUUUUAGCAUCAUGGUGCAUAAUUAUCUACCUGGUUAUAUAUUUAUAGUUUGGAAUAAAGAGAAA